GAUUUACUCAAUAUGGCGAACACUGGAAGUCGGAAAGUUUCGCGCUGCUUUGUGGUUUACGAUUGCCUAUUCAGUAAUAUAUAGAGAUCAGUGCAGAGAGUAAAUUGAUCAGUACUUUGGUUACUGGUGAGGCAACAUUGUAGCACGAUAAUGAUCGUGUAAGCAGUGAUACAUACAAACGUGCGAAGUUGGGAACUGUGCGGUGGAUGACGGCUGAUCACCUUUAACAAAAGCAUAAUAAGUACACACCAGAAGGUUCAAGGCCACAGGUCACAUGUAAGAAUUUUUGAAGAUGGCUCUGACUUGUGUCAAUGAUGGAAUGGAUUGGCAACUUUCAAAGGAGAAUGUGGUAGACAGAAUUCAAGCCUUGUUUAGAACUUCCCAAUGGAGUGAUUGUUCUUUUCGUGUUGAAGGGCAAAAUGAUAUUCAGGUUUUCAAGGCACAUCGCCUAAUCCUUGCCUCCUCCAGUCCUGUGUUUGAAGCUAUGUGUUUUGGACCAUUGGCAGAGAAGUCAUGCAUUAAUGUUUCUGAUAUGGAACCUGUUGUGUUCAGAAUUCUCUUGGAGUACAUUUACACUGACAAAGUGCAGCUAUCGUCAUGUGAGGAGGCAGCUGGAGUACUUUAUGCAGCUAAAAAAUAUAUGAUGCCCCAUCUGGCUCGUACCUGUCGGGAGUAUCUGGUUACCAAUCUGCGGCCCAGCAAUGUGCUCUCAGUUUUUGAUUUUGCUGAUGAGGUUCAAGAGAAUGCGUUACUAGAGGCGUGCAUCAAGGUUCUUUGUCAGCAUGCUUCUGAAGUUCUGAAAGCACCUGGCAGUCAUCCCUCUCCUUUGGCUCUUCGAACUGUGCUUGAGCAAAAUGCCCUCAAUAUAGGGGAAGCUGAGCUGUUUGAAGUGACACUGGAGUGGGCCCAUGAAGAACGUCGCCAAAUGGGCCUUGACAAUUCACCCGAGGGUGUUCGCUCUACACUUCUGAAGGCUGGGCUGCUAUCUCGUUUGCGGAUGCUGUGUAUGUCCCUGCAAGAGUUUAAUGAUGGUCCUCUCCGGUCAGGCAUACUCUCCUCACAGGAAGCCUAUGCAUUGCAGUGUGCCCUUCAAAACCUUCGCAAUAAGGAUUCCAUCGGUGGGAAGUUAAAGGUGGAGGAGAAGAAAUUCUAUGGCCACAGCAACCAAAGUGUAGAUGUACCACCUGGUUGGUCCGGCAUAACACAGCCACGUGCACGAAUCUCCAUCAACCAAUUCUACUGUGUUCGUCGCUUCCUUAAAACAGCAGUUACUGUGUCAGGGCAGGUUCGGUUGUUGGCGAAUGUGCAGGCAGACCACAGCGUGGUGGUGAGUGGUGUUCGUAUAUUCACACGACUGGUACCUGCAGCAUUUUCUUGUUUCACAACACCUCAGAAAUACAAGGAAAACAUUGAGGUUUCAGUGUUGGACAGCCAAGGGUCAGUGCUAUGUCGCACUCACUUUAGGGAUGUUGUAGAGUAUAACACUCUUGCUACAGUUACACUCACCGAGGCAGUGCGAUUCUCAGCAGGCAAAGAAUACAGUUUCCUUUUUGUGCUUCCUACAGAUGAAGAACAUGCUUUUGAAUAUCCAUUGAGCUUCAUGGCACAGACAGAGCGAACACGUGACAUUGAGUUUCGGUUCUGUGAUCAUGCUGAUAUUGGAGGUACAGGAAUGUUUGUUCGCCGUUUAGAUAUGGGCUACGUUGAUGCUGUUGUGUAUUCUGUGUAAAGUUAGUGUUUUGUUUGAAAGUUAAAAUCUCAGCUGUGUGUGCAAGUGUUGGCUUGCUCUUUCUUCUAUGUGGAGCUGUUAAUUAUCACAGUAGAGGAAAAUUAAAUAUAUAUGAUUUUGCUCAGCUGGUAUGGUUAUGGUGCAAAGCCACUUUUUGUCUUAGCCUUCUCUCUGUGAUAUAAUAUCACAUCUCUGGAACACAUCAUCACAAAAUAGAAAUUAGCUCUUUUGGUUGUGUUACUUCUGAUCAGUAUUUUUGGUUUCUAUUUAAAAACCAAAGAAAUAGCCUUAUUCUUUACAAAAAAGAAGCUUUAAGGUGCGUUGGCAUUCAAGAUAGUUCAAAAUAUUUGAAGCAAUAUUGUCAUUCUUUUAUCAUAAAUGUGAACUGGUUAAAUCAUAACUGCAUUAUGAUGGGAAAUUCAUAUUAUUUAACUAUCAGUUAGUUUUUCUAGCCAAGAUCUAUUUCUAACUUAUUUUGAUCUUCAGGAUAUUAAUGCUUAGAAAUGUGUCCCUGCACUCUCACUCUCCUGAGGAGGGAAAGAUUUGUAAUAUUAUUAGAUGUUUAAUUGAAUAAUUGCUUACUGAUUGGAGAGCAGGAGAAAUUACAUUUUGUAUUGAGAAAACAGAUUGGAUGGGAAAUGAAAGGCAAAACAUCAAAUGAUAUGUGAUGAGUGUAGGGCUCAAUUCUUAUUUGUAGAAAUAUAUAUUAAUUCAUGAAAGAAAAUAAGUAUACAUCUAGUUUUACUAACUAUAAAUAGUUGUUUUAUUUGGAAAAAAAAUGUUUUUGAGGGUAGUUAAUUCAGUAAGUUAUCAUUAUUUUUUGACUCCCACUUCUGAAUGAUACUCGAGUUUAUUUCAGUUAAUAUCAAGUGGGAAUUCAUAAGAGUUGAAUGUGUAGUUGUAUUUUUCAGUGUACCUAAUUUUAAUAUCUUCAAGUUGAAUCCAAUUGUUGGGUAAAGUUUUAUCCUGAUAUGGGACUUUCCUGCUCAAGUUUAAAAACACGUUUUAUAUAGAAAUUAUUUUGCAAGACAUUAAUGUUUCAAUAUAAAGUAAACAUAAAAUGUAGAAUUUUUGAUUUUAAGGUUUUGUUUUGAGUAUACACAUAAUGGAAAAGCUUUUAUGGCUGAUUUUACUAAGUAUUUUGAUUCGAAUUGUAACAAAAGUUCACCUUCCUUUAUUUACAAAGGAAUUUACUUACUUAAAACUAUUAAAAAAAUAAAAAUGUACUUCUAUUUGUAAGUAAACUGAAUUGAGUGUGGCUCAUCAUUCUAUUAAUGGUUAAGCAUUUAAGUAGUUAAGGUGAAAAUCAAAUCGAAAUGAUGUUUGAAAUGUUAGUACAUUAGUUGCAUUAUUAGAACCUUGACAGUGAAUACUUGGGAUUGACAGCAAAUCGAUUGUUCUUUUGAGUAAUGUUCUUUUUAUAAAUAAGAGAGUUCAAAUUAUGCUUUCUUUUAUCUUAAGAUUUCAAGUUUUGUUGUGAUUACUAUAGCUUUUUUUCACGUCAUGUUUUGAAGUAUCCUGUGAUAAAUUAAGGUGAAAACAAAAUAAACUAAUGGUUGUCUCUUUGCCUUUCUCAAGAUCUUUGAAAAGAAAAUAAGAAAAAAUGACAAUCAUUAAUUUUACAUAGAUACGUAACAUUGCAUAUCUAGACUAUCAUUAUUUUUUGGCAAAUGCAAGGGGAGUUUUCAUAGUCUUACAUCCAGAAUAUUUACCAGGUUACGUAGGACUGUCUUUUUAAUAAAAACAAUUUGUAUAAUAUUUAAAUCUUUUAAAACCAAACCUUCCAGUUGAUUUAACAGAGAUAAUUCUCUAAGCCCCUAGAAUAUUUACCAUUUUCGAAAAAUAUUCAUUGUUCUGUCCAGUAAACUACAUUUGCUUUCAUUAGAUAUCAUCACAAAUAAAGCAGGUCUUUGCUCAAAGACCCCAUUGGAGACAACGCGCUAAAUGCCCCCUGGGGCUUGGAGGUAUGUUGUGUUAACUGCAGACGCAAGAAAAUUAAAAUCCCAUAAAGACAUGCACAAUAUUACUGUUUUAUUUAAUUGGGGGUUACUCACCAAAGCAGGAAAAGAUAAUAUGCCUGUGGGUGCUAUAUAAUUUAGAAAAAUUUGAAUUUUCUAAAAUCUGUUUAAUAUGUAGAAACAAUUGUUAUUCGCAUUUGCCAAGAACUAAUUUUGUUCAUCAAAUGCAGUCACAAGGAAUAUUUAUAAGGUAAAUUUUGUUUUAAAAUCCAAAUGCUUGGUUGAUGCAAAUGAGAGAUUGAAUGUGUUCAUUUAGCAUAAUAUCAGAUUAUCCUUUCUUUAUUAUUAUUAUAUUAUUAUUAAUUAUUGUUAUUUCUAAAUGCUUU